AUGCAGGUUCGUAUUAAGGACAGAAUGGCUAAUGUUACGUCCACCUCUGACUUUGUGUUACUAACAUUCUCGGAGGUCCGUGAGCUACAGAUUUUGCAUUUCUUUGUUUUCUUAGCUUUGUACUUGGCAAAUGUGACUGGGAAUCUUCUCAUCAUCACUGUAGUAGCCCUUGACCAUCAUCUGCACACACCCAUGUACUUCUUCCUCAUGAACCUGGCCCUAUUGGACCUUGGCUCUAUUUCUGUCACCAUACCCAAAUCCAUAACUAAUUCAUUAAGGAACACCAGACUCAUUUCUUAUUCGGGGUGUGUCAUCCAGGUUUUCUUCUUCUUCUUCUUUGAAGCCUCUGAUUUUGCCCUCUUAACAAUAAUGGCACAUGACCGUUACAUUGCUAUCUGCAAUCCACUCCAGUAUGAAAGAAUUAUGAACAAAGGAGCUUGUAUCCAGAUGGCAAUCAGUGCAUGGAUUUGUGGGGUCCUCUAUGCUGUGCUACACACUGGUAGCACAUUUGCAAUGACCUUUUGCUCAAAUAUGGUUGAUCAGUUCUUCUGUGAAAUCCCAAAGUUGCUAAAACUCUCUUGCUCUGACUUGUACCUAGUGGAGCUUGGGCUUCUUUUGUUUAGUUCUGUCACAGUGUUUGGAUGCUUUAUCUCCAUCAUUUCCACUUAUGUUUUGAUCUUUGCCACAGUGCUCAGAAUUCCAUCUGAACAGGGACAAAAGAAGGCUCUAUCUACCUGCCUCCCCCACCUUGCUGUUAUUUUUCUGCUACUCUGCACUGGAUUCUUUGCCUAUGCAAGACCUCCCUCAAAUGAUUCAUCUGACCUGGAUCUUGUUUUUGCUGUGAUAUAUACCGUACUUCCACCAAUGCUGAAUCCAUUAAUCUAUCGCAUGAGAAACAAAGAGAUCAAGACUGCACUGUGGAAGCUAUUACAUGUGAGGUGCUUUUCUAACACCAUUCCAAGAAUUGUUCUAUAA